AUGUCUGAGAAGGCAGCUUACGAAUCAUCGCCUAUGGCACUGGAGGAGUCUCCGGUCGGCCCCUCGAACAACACUGCGCGAACCUCAGUCAAUACGGCUGCUGAUCCAGAAGCUCAGAGGGAGAGUGCGCGGAGCGCAAAUCCAAAUGGCUUCUCCAGCACAAGUUCUGCGAUCAAUGUGAAGGCUUCCGAGGCGGAGUUCGCUGCGCUGCAGAAGGAGCUGUCUGGCAUCUCGGAAAACAGUAGACGACUUUCGAGAAUACAGUCAAACAAAUCGAAGAAGGAGACCAGCGAAAAGGAUGUGGAGAAGCAUGCGUCUGAAGACUCGGCGACCGAGGGGGAGCCCUUCGACCUCGAAGCGACGCUGCAUGGUAACUAUACAGCAGAACAGGAAUCCGGUAUUCGACCGAAGCACAUCGGCGUAAUUUGGGAGAAUUUGACGGUUUCGGGGCAAGGUGGAGUCACGAAUUUCGUGAAGACGUUCCCCGAUUCCUUUAUCAGCUUCUUCAACGUUGUCGAAACAGCUAUGAAUAUUUUCGGCAUUGGCAAAAAAGGACGAGAGGUGAAUAUUCUCAAGAACUUCAGGGGCCUUGUACACCCUGGCGAGAUGGUUCUGGUCCUAGGGAGACCUGGUUCGGGAUGCACCACUUUUCUAAAGGUGAUUGCCAAUCAGCGAUUUGGAUACACUGGUGUAGACGGCGAGGUUCUCUACGGCCCCUUUGAUGCUGCGACUUUUGCGAAAAACUACCGAGGAGAGGCAGUCUAUAAUCAAGAGGACGAUGUCCACCACCCAACCUUGACGGUUGGCCAGACAUUGGGCUUCGCUUUAGACGUCAAGACUCCAGGCAAGCGCCCGCAUGGAAUGUCGAAGGAGGAAUUCAAGGACAAGGUCAUUACGACGCUCCUGAAGAUGUUCAAUAUUGAGCACACCCGAAACACCAUCGUGGGAAACCCGUUCGUCCGAGGUGUCUCUGGAGGGGAGAGAAAGCGUGUUUCCAUUGCUGAGAUGAUGGUUACUGCUGGGACCGUCUGCGCAUGGGACAACUCGACUCGUGGUUUGGAUGCUUCGACGGCUCUCGAUUACGCCAAGUCUCUCAGGGUCAUGACGAACAUCUACAAGACGACUACUUUCGUGUCGCUAUACCAAGCCAGUGAGAACAUUUACAAGCAAUUCGACAAGGUUCUCGUCAUCGAUGAUGGCCGUGAGGUGUACUUUGGGCCAACCACGGAGGCUAGAGCCUACUUCGAAGGGCUUGGAUUCAAGGAGAAGCCCCGUCAAACAUCCGCCGAUUACCUGACAGGUUGCACUGAUGAGUUUGAGAGAGAGUACGCUGAGGGUCAUUCGGCUGAUAAUGCUCCGCACAGCCCCGAUACCCUGGCUGAAGCUUUCAACUCGUCUAGAUUCGCAACAAGCCUUAGCGAGGAGAUGGCCCAAUACCGCAAAUCUCUGGCAGAGGACAAGCAGAGACAAGAAGACUUCACAACCGCGGUACACGACAGCAAGCGCAAAGGGGCCUCCAAAUCUGUUUACAGCAUCCCAUUCUACCUGCAAGUCUGGUCACUUAUGCAACGCCAGUAUCUAAUUAAAUGGCAAGACAAGUUCUCCCUUGUUGUAAGCUGGGUUACAAGUAUCGUUAUUGCCAUCGUUCUAGGAACAGUGUGGCUGGAUUUGCCUGUAACAUCUGCCGGUGCUUUCACUCGGGGUGGUCUCCUCUUCAUUAGUUUGCUGUUCAACGCCUUCCAAGCCUUCUCUGAGCUUGCGAGUACCAUGACUGGGCGCCCGAUCGUGAAUAAGCACAAAGCGUAUACGUUUCAUAGACCUUCAGCUCUCUGGAUUGCGCAAAUUCUCGUCGAUCUGGUUUUCUCAGCCGCUCAGAUCUUGGUCUUCUGCAUUAUCGUUUACUUUAUGUGUGGGCUAGUCCGAAAUGCCGGUGCCUUCUUUACGUUUUACGUUGUUAUCGUUAGUGGCUACUUGGCUAUGACUUUGUUCUUCCGAACUAUCGGCUGCCUCUGUGUAGACUUCGACUACGCCAUUAAGUUUGGUGCCACGAUUAUCACAUUAUUCGUCAUUACAUCCGGAUACCUCAUCCAAUAUCAAUCCGAAAAGGUCUGGAUUCGAUGGAUCUACUGGAUUAAUGCCCUUGGUCUCGGUUUCAGCGCUCUGAUGGAGAACGAGUUCGGUCGCUUGACUCUGACUUGCACCGGAGAGUCUUUGGUACCAUCCGGUACUGGGUACGGUAAUGCCAGCAUUGAAAAUCAAGUCUGUACGCUCCCAGGAAGCGUUGCUGGAACAGAUCAAGUCUCUGGAUCACAAUACAUCAUCGACGGCUUCUCGUACAACCCCUCUGACCUGUGGCGCAACUUUGGCAUCAUUAUCGCUUUGAUUAUUGGGUUCUUGUUUGCAAACGCCACUCUGGGAGAAUGGCUUACUUUCGGCGCCGGAGGAAACACCGCCAAGGUCUUCCAGAAGCCCAACAAGGAGCGAAACGACCUCAACGCUGCACUCAUUGCGAAACGUGAUCAACGACGAACGACCAAGGGAGAGGCUGAAGGAUCCGAAAUCAAUAUCACAUCGAAAGCGGUACUGACGUGGGAAGGACUCAACUACGAUGUCCCAACUCCAUCGGGACAAUUGCGCCUCCUCAACAACAUCUACGGAUACGUUCAACCUGGAGAACUCACAGCACUCAUGGGUGCUAGUGGGGCGGGCAAAACGACCCUCUUAGAUACGCUAGCCGCAAGAAAGAACAUCGGUGUCAUCUCUGGUGAUAUCCUGGUCGACGGCAUUGCUCCUGGUACUGCCUUCCAGCGAGGAACCUCCUAUGCCGAACAACUGGAUGUCCACGAGCCUACUCAAACAGUCCGCGAAGCCCUACGGUUCUCAGCCGACCUUCGUCAACCAUUCGAUGUACCCCAAGCCGAGAAGUACGCCUACGUUGAGGAAGUUCUCAGUCUGUUGGAAAUGGAAGAUAUAGCCGAUGCAAUCAUUGGAGACCCCGAAUCUGGUCUAGCUGUCGAACAACGCAAAAGAGUCACCAUUGGUGUUGAGCUCGCUGCUAAGCCCGAACUCCUCCUCUUUCUGGAUGAACCUACCUCUGGUCUUGACUCCCAGUCGGCCUUUAACAUUGUUCGGUUCUUGAAGAAGCUCGCAAGCGCUGGACAGGCUAUCCUGUGUACUAUUCAUCAACCGAAUGCCGCGCUGUUCGAGAACUUCGAUCGCCUCUUGCUCCUCCAGAGAGGUGGACAGACUGUGUACUUCGGAGAAAUCGGAAAGGAUGCCUGUGUACUGAUUGACUACCUGCGCAAACACGGUGCUGAAUGCCCUCCCGAUGCUAACCCUGCUGAGUACAUGUUGGAUGCUAUAGGAGCUGGACAAGCGCCAAGGGUUGGAAACCGAGACUGGGCAGAGAUUUUUGCCCAAUCCCCGGAGCUCGCUAACAUAAAAGCCCGCAUUUCUCAAAUGAAAGCCCAGCGUCUCUCGGAGGUCGGCGCUAAUGCAAAGAAUGAUCAACGAGAGUAUGCAACACCACUCAUGCACCAACUCAAGGUCGUAAGAAAGCGAACGAACCUCUCUUUCUGGAGAUCUCCCAACUACGGUUUCACUCGCCUCUUCAACCAUGUCAUCAUUGCUCUGAUCACCGGUCUUGCCUUUCUCCACCUCGACGACUCUCGUGAAUCUCUGCAGUACAGAGUCUUCGUUAUCUUCCAGGUCACGGUACUCCCAGCUUUGAUCCUGGCACAAGUGGAACCCAAGUACGCCAUGUCACGCAUGAUCUUUUACCGCGAAGCCUCCUCGAAAAUGUACGGCCAAUUUGCUUUCGCUUCGUCUCUCGUCGUUGCCGAAAUGCCUUACAGUAUCAUCUGCGCCGUAAGCUUCUUCUUGCCUAUCUACUACAUGCCAGGCUUCCAAAGCGACAGCUCUCGCGCUGGUUAUCAAUUCCUCAUGGUGCUCGCCACCGAGCUUUUUUCCGUCACAUUAGGUCAGAUGGUGGCAGCUGUUACACCCAGCCCUUUCAUCUCCGCCCUCCUCAACCCCUUCAUCAUCAUCACCUUCGCCCUCUUCUGCGGCGUCACCAUCCCGAAGCCGCAGAUUCCCAAGUUCUGGCGUGCAUGGCUUUAUGAACUCGAUCCCUUCACGCGUCUGAUCGGUGGCAUGGUCGUAACUGAACUGCACAACCGGAAUGUGAAUUGCAACGACGCCGAACUGAAUCGAUUCCCUGCUCCUACUGGCCAGAACUGCGGAGAAUACAUGAGCAACUUUUUUGCUGCCGGCGGGCCUGGAUACAUUGUUAACAAUGCGACCGACGCGUGCGAGUACUGCGCCUACAAGGUCGGGGAUCAGUUCUACUCGUCGCUUGGCCUGGAAUUCAAUAACCGGUGGAGAGAUCUAGGGAUCCUGGUUGCUUUCAUCGGAAGUAAUCUGGUGUUCCUGUUCUUGGGUUCGAGAUACCUCAACUUCAAUCGCAGAUAG